AUGAAACACAUAUUGCACUCAUUGGUCAUAUUUAUGGCUUAUAACGAUCUGUUCAUUCACUCAUCCAUUGGUGCAACCGUUUCAUCUGAACUCAAACUUAUUCACAGGCAUGGUGAUCGCACGCCAAUCCAGUGCUACCCAACUGAUCCAUAUUCUAACGACACGUAUUGGGCCGACGGUUGGGGAGAACUGACGCCUCGCGGUAAACAACGAAUGUAUGGUUUAGGCAAAUAUCUGCGGAAGCGAUACCAAGACUUCUUGUCUUCCAAUCCAAGAGAAGUGCAGAUCAGGAGUUCGGCAGCCGAUAGAUGUCUAGAAAGUGUGGCUUUAGUGAUGGCAGGUCUCUACAGACCAGAGGGAAGGUGGCAGUGGAACAACGAUUUGGGACAUCAAUGGCAGCCCUUUCCUAUACAAACUGAACCUCGAGAUGUUGAUGGCAUGCUGAAUUCUGGGUCCAAGUGUUUGGCCGCCGAACAGGAGUUGACUCGAAUUCAUAAUUCCCCGGAAUAUCUUCAAUAUGUGGACCAAUCAAAGGAUAUCUUAAACUACGUGUCGAGUAAUACGGGUUUAAAUAUAACUGAUUUGAAUGGCGCUGAAGAAGUGUUCGACACUUUACUGAUCGAGAAGGAGAACGGAUAUCCUCUGCCGAGAUGGGCAUCCGAUGCGACCACUUACGAGAAAUUGAGUCAAAUCUCUGAUAUGACCUUUUAUUUCGACUUUUCCACGCAAUUAGUCCAACGCUUGAGAACUGGAUUACUUCUUAAAGAUAUUAUUAAACACAUGAAUGAAACUGUGAAUAGAAAACACGACACACAACUGGCACUCCUAUUGAAUGCUCUCAAUGUUUUCGAUAGGAAGUCCCCACCAUUUGGGUCCACUAUUAUGAUAGAAUUGCGUCAAUCAAAUGGCAAACCAAUGAUUGAAAUGUUUUAUUUAAAUAACACUGAAUCGGAAGAACCAAUUGCUCUGACUUUACCCAACUGUAUGAACGCAACAAUUGAAUGCCAUUUCCAACAGUUUGUUCAAUCAGUGAAUCAUCUGAUUCCUGGCGACUGGAACCAAGAGUGUCAUAACAAUGACUCCCUGUCUUUAGCCACAAACACAGGUUUAUAA